ACUGUGUCUGUUAUGAGAAACCAGGCAAUGAAUACAGCUUUUCAGCUUGAUUUUUUAAAAGUUUUGUGGGCACAAGUUUUUUCCUGCAUUUAACUAUGACUACAGCUGUCUGCGAGUGCAAAUGAUAGUUUCAAGAGCUCUCGUUAUCUCCUUGCUCCUGCUGACUAACACCUAUGCACCUACAAAACUGGAGAGCCUGGCGUAUUUCAAGUCUCAUCCACCCACUUCAGUGAUGUGGCAGAACAGCACAGCUAAGAGAUGUGAUGGAUUCUGCUGGAGAGAGCUUUCUCGUGGCACAGCAGUGAGUGAAACCAGCACAACAUGUUCAGUGUGGAGGACCUCCUGAUUUCUCACGGAUACAAAUUGUCCAAAGAUCCCUCUGCUUCAUACGAGAACAGAAAUGAUGGAUACCAGCCUGAGAUUACAGAGAAUAGAACUAGUCGGGGAACGCUGAAUGGGUUUGAGACAGACUCUGGAGCCUACAUUUACAACAAGAAACCACUGGCAAAAGGCAACUUGAGCAGCAGUGAAGACAGUCAUGGGAGCCAAGGGAGGCAUGCUGGUCCCAGUUACCACCCAGACCGCCGGGGUUUGUCCACAUUUCAUACUUCAGAAGGGGGGUUUUAUGACAGACAUCUGUUAGCAUGGUCUUCGGGGCCCAAGACUGAUAAAGAUCUGGCCUACUGGAGAAGAAGAGGACAAGACUUUAGUGUAUUACUGGGUUACACUGACAAAGGAGACUCUGAAAUGAGAGGAUUGGCACCACCCCAUGAGGUGUACAGACAUGCUAAAGAAAGUCAGCUGGAGGUAGGAGCAGGAACAGAGAGUGUGACAAGAAGUGGCUUGCAGGAGACCUGGAAAGUGCCUGGUGAUUACAAAUGGCAAAGUUUAAGAACAGAAAGCUGGAAACAACCUAAAAAAUUAGGAAGACAAAUGUCUGAUGGUGAUAGAGAGAAACUGCUUCAAGAUCUAUACUCAUUGAGCCUGAGAGACAAUGUACUUAGCUCCCAUAACAAAGGGAAAUCACAAUCAUUGCCAAGAGUUCUUUCACCAGAGACCCUGAAGUGUGUGGAAAUACCCUCCCUGGUGAAUAAUCAUCAUUUCCUAAGUGGAACUAAAGCACCCUCUGGUCCCCAAAACAGACAGCCUUUGGAAUUCACAAAACCCAGGGAAACAGGAAGCCACCUUCUUCCUCUGGCCAAGCCCAAGUAUGGCAGACCCCUUAAACCCCCUUCCUAUGAACUGCACCGACAGAUGAGGGCACCUGUAGAAACCAGUGGCUUUCAGGACCACCAGCAAAUAGAUGAGCCCGUUUCAUAUUUAGCCAAAGGUAAUGAGCUGAAGCAAGACAUUUACAUUCCAGACUCUGGUUUAGAGCCCCCUGUCUAUAUACCACCUCCAUCUUACAAGUCCCCACCUCAGCCAAGUGUGAAUCAGCAUUCCCUCAAUGAAGUGCCUAACUAUGACUUGUGCUUUGACAACGGUCAGCGGCAUUCAGUAGAGAGGACCCUCAGCAGCCAUCGACCCUCCACUAGCACAUUGGAAACUGGGGGUGAACACUGCAAAGAUGACCACCUUCCUCAUGGAAAACAAAGCCAUUCCAGGCACACUGAUGACUACCUGAAUUCCAUUCAGUAUAUUCCUUUUGAUGAUCCUCGAAUACGGCAUAUUAAAAUAGCACAUCCCGAGAGCCUCCAGAACAACACUAAACACACUGAAAAUACAUGUAGGACCAAUCCUACUGCUUUGCAGGAGAGAACUAUCGAACUACAAUACAAUAGUGCCUUUUUGGAUCCAUCAAACUUACUAAAUACUGUAAAGGGUGAGAGAACUCCUGACAGCACCUCACAUUGCAACAGGUGGUUGGCAGCAUCCAAUGGAGAUCAGGAAAACUGGGCCCUGCCUGACCAAAGAGACAGUGGUGACACAGAUAAUCACCCCCCUGAAAAUGAAACUAAUCAGGAGUACACAAAGGGCAACCUUUCUGUAAGAAACCCACAUAUGGAUAGCACCUGUGAGACUGUUACUAGAGUAAAAAAGUUUGAACCUGGAACUGGGAUGCAGAGCAAAAAGAGUUCAAAGAAAAAAAUGAAUGAAACUAUAUUUUGUUUGGUGUCCAUCCCAGUUAAAUCUGAAUCAAAUCUGCCAGAUACUGAUAGGAACAAUAACUUAACACAGAGCCCUGAUAAGAAGAAUGAAUUUGAUAACAGUGGAGCUUUGCAAGAACAAAGUCUUUUAAGUAUGUCUUCCACCGACUUGGAGUUACAAGCUCUCACAGGAAGCAUGACCAAUAAAACCGAGUUACAAAAACAAGAGCUGUGGAAACCAGAGGAGUUCAAACAAAUGAAUGACCUCAGAUUUACUCAGCCUACAAAACACAGGGAACUCAAAUACUCUGGCUCUUGGCCAGGUGAUCAGUACAAAGACCAGCAAACACAGACCUGUUUCACUGAAGACCCUAAAAGCUCACAAUUUUUCCAUGGUAUAAAACCUAGUAAACCAAAUAAUAAACUGAUGGCUCCAAAAUUCUUAGCCUGUACAGCAUCUUUGGUUGGGUCAGAAGAGGCAGGUUUAUCCCCCGAUGACAGAAAAUGUAGGCAGAAUACAUACAAUAUGAAAGGUCAGAUGAACCUCAAUCCAUCCAGCAAUAGUGCAUUUUCAAGGACUGCCACCUCCGUAAUUCAGGUACAUUCACCAAAGGCAUACCAGAGCCAGCCUUAUGGGUCCUGCACAGCCAUGCCCACCCAGGAAAGGGAAACUGGCACAAUUCCCAGGGGUGAUGUGGUCAAGGGCGAAGCAAGUGCUCCCUGCAAGAGUAAAGAACUAUUUGGUCAGUUUCUCUUGAAACCUGUUGGUCGCCGUCCCUGGGAUGCAAUAAGUGAGUUAGAAAGUUUGAACAAAGAGCUCCAAGAACAGGAAGAAAGCACUAGUAGUGAAGAUGGCAUGGAGAGUGAGGGAACAAAGCAGGGCUGUGUUCCUACAAAGAUAGGGACCUCCAGAACGGAUGAAUCAACCCAGGAACUCAGGCCUUGUAAGCAGCUAAAAACUGUGGUACCAGAAGUUCCUAUAUUUAAACAAGGAAGAGUUAAAAGUAAGUCUGAAAGUUGGAGUACAGAGCUUAAGUCUGAUGAUCCACAUAUCUGUGUUGGAUCACAAAGCUCCUUGAAUGCAAAAGAGAGCGGUAGUUUAAUCAAGCCAGCAGAUGGAAGUGUGAUAACAGAAACAAGAAACCAGGAAGCCAAGAACAGAACAAACAAACAGCAAGCAAGUUCAGGCCCAGUCAAUAGAGUUUUGUCCAGUAGUCCAAGUAAUGCAAAUCAGAGUAAUCCAUUCAGUCAUGCGGACUUAAAGGAGACAAAAGAAGAUAGAAAUUACAUAGCUAAUAUGUUAGAUUUUGUAAAACGGAACAAAAGCGCAACUCCCAGGAGUGAUAAACUUUUAGAGAGAGGAUCUAUAGUAAGAUUGUCUUUAACUAAUAGAAAUCAAGGUCAUUCUGAGCCAGAUUUGAGGUCUGUGGGACUGGAUAUUCACCCUGAACCAGGUGCUAACAACUCUGAUUUUUCUUCUAAUGCAAAUGCAAUGGAGAUCCCCCAAAAUGAGUCACUGCAGGCAAGAGCUGCAAGGAUUCUGGGUAUAGAGGUAGCAGUGGAGUCUCUAAUUCCUGGGGACAGAACUGGCCUCCACCAAUACACCAGCCCUGCAAAUAGUGUCCAGGAUCCUGAAUUACCAGUAGGGGGAACAGUACGUGACAAAGUAGAAACAAAAGACAGCUCUUAUGAGGGCAGACGAAAGUGUGGCUGGACAGAAAGUUCUCUCUUUGUUGGCGAGAGAGACUUCCCAUUUUGGGCUGGUGAAUACCAGAGCACUGACCUAGAAGCCAGAUCUAAAACUCUGGUAACGGAGCGAGGUUUUGAACAGCGUGCGGAUCUCAACAGGCAAGAUGAGGAUCCAGACCUGCCUUGCAAGUCUGUUACGCAUCAACUUGCUGAAAGAAACGUGAUCAUUCCAAGCUCGGAAAAGAAAGUUAGAAGCACCUCAAAGGUGAUUGAGACCUUACAAGGCAAACUUGCCUCUCCCCCUAGCCGAACAGUCAUGGAUCGUUUGGUGCGAAUGAAAGAGGUUGACUCGGUUUCCCGUAUGCGACGUCUGAGUAUCAAGAGUGCAGAUUCAGGGGAGGAAGUAGAUGAGGAGAAACCACCAAGGGUGCAAGAGGAGAGAGGAAGCUAUGCGCCACUCAACAGUAAUGAACUCUCUCGCAAAAUGGUGCACACAGGUGCUGUUUCCAAGCGCAUUAUCUCUCUCGAUGAAAAUGGACACGUAACUACGAUAGGGAAGAAGAAGGCUGACCGAGAUUUUUGUUUAGAUCUGUACGAUCCCUCCAGGGUUGAAAGGGUGUGAGCUGAACACAGAUGAGAAUCUAGAGAUGUCUGCUCUCCUAAGAAUGUUUUGCUGAUUUUGCUCUGUGUUUUAACACUUGGAAAUUGCCUCCAUUUGUGGUGUUUUAUGAUAUUCUGAUAAAGCCUUUACCACUGCCAGUAGGAAAUUAGUUAUUCACACAUAUCUGCUUUGCGGAGAUCACAGAAAACUCUGACUCUUACUUGGAUACCAUCUGGUUUUGUAGCAUUAAGACUUAAUGCCUACACUUGGCAAAGAGGUUUUAUCUAAACGAUGUUUAACAGUCUUCAGCUGGGAUGGUAAAUUCAGUGAGACUAGGCUUUGGAGCUUAUUCUUCUGUGUACAUUUAAACACAGGAGAUUAGUAAAAUGAUUUUAAAGGAAUGUGAAUUUAUAAGCUAAACUUCUGAAUCUCUAAAGCCCAAACUCUGCAUAAGUUGAGGAAUCUUUGGCCAUAAGACAUGAGUCAUGAGUGCUGCUGCACUCUGUGUGUGUGUGUGUGUGUGUG